AUUCGCCGUUUAGACAACUCGAUUUCGCUGGAUUCUACUCGAUUGCACUCGAUAAAUAUUUCUCAAUAAAAGUGAAUGUGUGUGCAUUGUUGUUUCGCAAACAAUUAUUACAUACAUGAUCACACAUUACUUUUUUAUCUUUUUCUUUUACUUUUCGUGUAUUUUAACCGAAACAGCUGAUUACUUUCGCUUUUUUUUUUUUUUUUUAAUCGUCUCGUCGUUAGCGGCUUCUCUUUGUUACAGGAAUUUUGACUGCGUUUUCACCAAGGACAAACUGAGAGAGAGAGAGAGAGAAAGAGAAAGAGAGAAAGAGAGAAAGAAAGAAAGAAAGAAAGAAAGAAAGAAAGAGAGUGAGGUUGGAGUAGAAGUGAGGUGGAUUCAAAAGUAUAAACGAAGGUUCCACAACGACAGGCUCGACGUGGAAGUAGGAGGAAGCAGUGGGACUCCGGAAUACGCCAACGAAUAUCCAAGCCAAGGAACAAUGUUAUCUCAGCACUACCAACAACAGCUAGGUGUUAAUUACUCGGUGACACAAGGAGAUUCAGAAUAUGAUAGGUACAUGGGUCACAAGAAGCUUAAAAAGAAAAAGAAGAAAAAGGAUAAACGACACAAACAUCAUCACAAAGAUAGAAAGAGAAAGAGAGAAGAAUCCAGUCAAGAAUCUGUAGGUGAUGCUGAUGAAGGUUUCGUCGAGGUACCUAAAAAGAUUCCAAAUCAACAAUUGUUAUCUCCUAGACCUCUUUCGAGCAAUGAACCUAGUAGAAUCAAUGUUGCUAAUCAAAUUAGUUCACUUUCGCCACAUCGAGAACCAAGAACUUGCGUUUUAAGAAAAAUAGCGGAACGUACUCCUUUACAAAGAUUAUUGGAACAUUUGUUAAGGUCAAUGGAAAAACGUGAUCCUCAACAAUUCUUCGCAUGGCCAGUGACAGAUAGUAUAGCGCCUGGUUAUUCACAAAUAAUAACCAAUCCGAUGGAUUUUAGUACUAUUAAACAAAAGAUAGAUGAUAAUAAUUAUCAGAAUUUAAAUGAAUUUAUAGAUGAUUUUAAACUAAUGUGUAACAAUGCAACUACGUAUAAUCAUCCAGAUACUAUUUAUUAUAAGGCUGCCAAGAAAUUAUUACAUGUAGGAUUGAAGAUGGUAACUCCUGAAAAACUGAGACAAUUAAGACCAGUAUUAACUUACAUGCAUGACAUUUCCAAGGAAGAACUUGGAUUUGAAUUAGGAGUUGAAGAUCCUAAUAAUCCUGAUGUACUUGUUACCGAAGAACAAAUUGAAAGGGAAAGAGAACAGGAGGAAAGGAAUGAAGAAGCGGAAGAACUUCGUAAAGAAAAUCAACGAAAAAUGAGAUUGGCGAGUUUAGGUAAAUUCGAAGCUAUUCCGGAUGACCUAACGCCGGAAGAAAUUUUGAAACAAGCACGUGGAGCAGCUAAAGCAGCUUCUGACAAAUUAAGUCUGAAACGUCUCAACACCAAAAUGGGAUUUUUAAGACAAAAGAAAGAUGGAACUACGAGUUUGCAAAUAAUUGUUCCUGGAGAUGGUGUUAUACCUGGAACUAAUCAAAGACCUGUAUCAUUAGGACAACUUAUAGGAAAAUUAAAUCAUGGAACUGGAGCCUUAGCUGGUUUCAGAGAAGACAGAAGGAAUAUGUCAAAACCAGUUAAAUCAUUGUACUAUGGACCAUUUGGGUCUUAUGCCCCAAGUUACGAUUCCACGUUUGCCAAUCUUACUAAAGAAGAAACUGAUCUUGUCUAUCAAACGUACGGAGAUGAAACUGCUGUUCAAUAUGCAGAAUCUAUUCUUGAUUUUGCCAAAGACUGUGAUUACACUUUAACUAUGGUCGAUGAUUUAUUAGAUAUUCUAACUAAUGGUGAUCAUAGAAAAACGAAAAAGUUACUCGAAGAAAGGAGAAGAAUUAAAGAGGAAGAGGAGAAGAUCAAACAUUUGUUAGAAAAACCUAUGCAAGAUUUAAACAAAAACAUUCCAUCAUUGGAGAAAGUUCGAGUAGAUAUUGAUCAGUUGAAAACAUUAUCUGAAUUGGGAAUUGAUAUGAACUUUUUGGAAAAAUUAGAAGAGGAAUUAAAAUUCAGCGAGGAUCGUGCAGCUUUACAAAGUCGUUUAGAUGAUACUUCGCAGAUGUUGGGUCGUUUGAAACAAGUACAACACGAUCGUCUCUCAGCUCCACCACCUGCCCAUUUAUCGAACGUUCCUAAGGCCUCGGAAAGUGAAGUUGCCCUAGCCGGCAAGAUUACCGAUAAUCUUACCGAGAUAGCAAAGAAACUUCCACCCUCAGCUAUUGCACCAGUUGAUGGAUUACGUCGUGCUAUGGGCAUAGCACCACUUGGUGGAGCCGAACCAAUGGAAGUUGAACCAAUUACUACACAUAAUCCAGCAAUAGUUGCAGAAAAUACGUUGUUACAACAACCAACAAAUGGCAAUCAAGUACCCACGAAUCUUUUACCAGCACCAUCGCCAAUUCCAAAUACGAGUUUACUGAGUCCUAACAGUCAACAAAAUCCAACGAUCAGUAUUGUCAAUCCAAAUCAAAUGCAAAUCGGUGUUACGCACAAUCAAACGUCCCCUCCUUUGUUGAGCACGUCGGAACCAUCGGGUGUUCCCGAUUUGGAAUCUGAACUUCGAGAGUUUUUGGAAAGCGAUCCUACAUUAGGACAUUCACCCUUACAUGACGAUAAAACACUCGAGGAUAUAUUAUCGGAAUCAUAGUAUUUAACUUAACUUUUAAUUCAUUAUAAGAUAUAGAUUGUACAUUUUAUUAUAUCUAUAUAUAUAU